GCGCACGGUCGGUGCGAGCUCACUUCUUCCAUCUCAUCUCGCCCGCCCCCCUUUCCACCACCGUUCCCGGUAAGUUUCGGCCUCACUUUCCCGAUCUCAACCCACUGACCCAGACCCGCUCCCGCUCCCGCAUCGCGUGUCCCCCCCAUCUCCCCCCGCGCCGCAGCUCACCUCGCCGGCGGCGGCCGCGCGCGACGGCCCCACCCCCGACCCACAGCCAGGCGGAGCCAGGGAAAGGGAGAUGGUCUUCGUCUGGCUCGCCGCCUUCUUCCUCGUCGUCACGCUCAUCGUCCUCGUCAUCUUCCAGUUGAUGUGCUUGGCAGACCUGGAGUUCGAUUAUAUCAACCAGUUUGAUUCAUCCUCUCGAAUCAAUAAAGUGGUUAUGCCAGAAUUUAUAGUGCAGGCACUUCUAAGUGCAUUAUUCCUCUUAACUGGGCAUUGGGCGAUGUUCUUGAUUUCUGCCCCAAUGGUGUACUAUAAUUAUACAUUAUACCAGCGGCGGCAGCAUCUUGUAGAUGUGACAGAGAUAUUUAACCAUCUUUCACGGGAGAAGAAGCGUCGUCUUUUUAAGAUAGCUGCUCUUACCAUCCUCCUAUUCUUGUCCUUAUUCUGGAUGAUUUGGAGUGUACUGGAGGAGGAAGAGUAGAAUGAGAAAAACACUGUGAUAGCUCAACCUGUUUCUGCAGCCAUUAGUUAGGUAUUACGAGUUUACGACAUGGUCCUCGUGGCCUGCUGAACACCUACUCCGAUGCCGCUAUUAUUCAUAUCAAAGCCUUUUGGAUAAAUUUAGGGUGUCUGGAGAUACUACGCAAGCAGAAGGGCGAAGACAACAUGUCCGGGGUGCUGUCUGUUGCUUGCUCCUAGUGAAAUCUCCUACUGUUGUAGCGUGUAACAUAACAUGUAAGUUAGGAGCCACUCCCUAUUUAUUUGAUUGUGCAUCCGUUCAUAUGGGGCAAAGGAAUUGCUGCGCCCAACUGUGCAUUGUUUUGCUCCGACCGACGCCAUUUUCGUGUUUUGUGCUGCCUUGCACCUUUAAACACCGUUGAUUAUGUUGA